GCCUGCCACAACUGUGACGACCCCUCGCACGAGAGCCGCGACUGCCCGAAGCCUUGCCGCGAGUGCGGCUCCGACAAGCACAGGAUCGGGUACCACUACCGCGCGCGCACGACGGUCAAGACGUCGAAGUGCUUCAACUGCGACGAGUUCGGGCACGAGUCGCGCGACUGCCCGAAGCCGUGCGGCAUCUGCCAGUCGACGCAGCACAAGUCG